UUGUGGGUUCGGAUAGCCAAGGGCCUGAGUAUAUGCCUUACCAAGGUACACAUUCUUUCUAACCAAGUCCAAAGUUCCUGAGUGAAACGCGAGCCUUGCAUAGCCGGAUUCAGUUCCAGCUAUCUGCGCGAGAGAAGAGAGAUUGCAGUCAUGGCGGUUGCCAGCAGUACUUCCGUGUCUCAGCUUACCUCCGUGUCGACUUCCUCCUUUGUGAGGUCGUCCCGGAAUCUGCAGUCCAGCCCCGUAGUGUCCUUCGGCGUUAAGAAUGUCAGCCGCGUCGUGGCCAUGGCCACCAAGAAGGUGUCGGCCAGGCCUGCUGCUGGAGGCAAGAAGUCGUGGAUCCCCGCUGUGAAGGGUGGAGGUAACCUCACCGACCCCGAGUGGUUGGAUGGCUCUCUUCCCGGCGACUACGGAUUCGACCCCUUGGGCUUGGGCAGGGACCCCGCCGCCUUGAAAUGGUAUAGAGAAGCAGAGCUCAUCCACGGAAGGUGGGCAAUGGCUGCCGUUGUCGGUAUCUUCGUCGGACAGGGAUGGAGCGGCGUUCCAUGGUUCGAAGCUGGUGCUGACCCCGCCGCGCUGGCACCAUUCUCGUUCGGAAGUCUGUUGGGCACCCAGCUGCUGUUGAUGGGAUGGGUGGAGACCAAGAGGUGGAUCGACUUCUUGAACCCCGGCACGCAGUCGGUAGAGUGGGCAACUCCGUGGUCGAGGACCGCAGAGAACUUCAACAACUCGACCGGGCUGCAGGGAUACCCCGGAGGCAAGUUCUUCGACCCAUUGGCGCUGGCAGGAUCAGUGCAGGGAGGGCAGUACGUGCCAGACUUCUCCAAGCUGGAGAGGUUGCAACUCGCCGAAAUCAAGCACGCUCGUCUUGCGAUGGUGGCGAUGCUCAUCUUCUACUUCGAAGCCGGCCAGGGAUUCACCCCUCUCGGUGCCUUGGGUCUGUAAAUAUCAAUUUUGCCGUAGGCUGUAAUGUGAAUUUUUUCCAUGCCAUGAAUACAUCUCCUUCUCGAAA